UAUUCUCUCGUUCCACGAACUUGUUCCUUCUGGGUCAAGGUUAGACCCCAAGCUGACCAUCUUCUUCCUCUUCUUGAACGUCUCCUACCUACAUAAUUCCUAAGGUCCAGAAACCUUUCUGUCAAGGAGAGAGGAGCAAAGAUAAAAACCAAAGGGAUCCCAAUUACCCACAUCGAUCCUCUUAAAUCUUCCAUAAGCCCGCUAUGUACAUCCGGACUGAACCUGAUCCCGGUGUCGGCGGCGACAGCGAUGGCGACGAUGUCCACUACGCCGAGCUAGAGAAGCAGAUCAUCCUGUUGAUGGCGGACGAUGGCGAGGACGACCCAGUGGCCUUGAAUACCAAAACCAAUUCCUCCAGAAAGUUAGGCUUUGUGAGCAGUAUAAGAUAUGAUGCUGCUUCUAAUUUGGGGCGAUGGGAAAACGAUAUUUCCAGUUCGGUCCCGGCUUGGCUUUCGAAUCUGUGGAGCAGUGGCAACGUUGGCGGGACUGGUGUGUUCAUUCCUCAGUUGGCUCAGAAGCGAAGAAGACACAACUACGGAAGGACGAACCGCAGGAAAUCGACGUACAAGCAAGUGGAGAAGAAGAUGAACAAGUGAUAUGAUAGUUCAGAACAUUAUUUUUUUGUAAAUAUUUGGAAACAAUAUAAAGUGUCGGUAUAGAAUAUGGAAUUUCUUUUUGUAAAUCUAUUUUUCCAAGCAACAGUGAGCAUAAUAAUAAUUAUAAUCUAUUACUUCA